CCUGAGGUCAGUGAGGAAUAAUUAUUAUUGCUAAGUAUCGUAGUGAGGCGAGUGCUAAACUACCACAGAGCUCUCUGGCACUACACGGUACACAGUCUACAGACUCGUCAGAGUGUGCUGUAAUCUGUUGGUUUGCCUCGAUCGUUUUACCGCGUCGCUGCCGCUGGCGAUUUCUGCUUGUCUGCUACCUACCGUACCGGUAAACUCAGUGAAGAGUGAAGCGGAACAGCGGUGCCCAGGCGUAGCGCGGCGUUGGCUGGUGCAGGAGUCCGGCGGUGGAAUAUCACACGGUAAGUAGCCUACCGGUAUAUGUACUGUACACCCAGCCACAAUAUCCGGGAGCUGCAGCUGAGUCAGAUCGUGAGCGGGGGACCUGCACGCCUGGUGUAACAGUUGGACCGGCAGGUGUGGUGUUGGACCGGCACGCCUGGUGUUGGACCGGCAGGCCUGGUGUUGGACAAUCCCUGAAACAUUCCCGUGAGCAGAUAACGGAACACCAUAUUUCACAGACGGAAAAUAUCAAGCGGCAUUCUAGUAGCUUAUGACAUAUCACUGAAAUCACGUUGCAUUGCAACAGCCAGAAACCGCUGUCAUGGCGAAUCCUGGACUUGGAUGGCGGAUGCUGUUUGCCAUCGUCAACAUAGUCCUUGCCAUCGCUACAAUGCCUUGGUGUGAAGGGUUCAUCCACAGCGUUAGUAAGUAUGAGCAUGGCCGUAUGACGGACACAAUAUCUGAACCGGGGGAGGAGAAUCUCACCCGUAACUCCGUGGCAACAUGUGCAGCUGUUAGCUGUGGAGACCCUGGUCGGCCGACGGGUGGCUUUACGACAGCCACGGGUUACAGUCUUCACAGCGUGGCGAGUUUCACCUGCCAGCCAGGCCUAGUGCUGUGUGGUGCUGCGAAGGCUGAAUGUCUGAGCAAUGGGCUAUGGUCCUCCCCACCACCCCACUGUAUGAAGAAAGGAUGCGCACCAACUUCUGGUGAUGGGUGUGGUAAACGUCGAAACAACUGGUGCUCCAUUCCGUAUUCUGAGGAUAAUGACCUGCAGUCAUUGCCAGUGCGCAUUGAUUGUGUUGUGAGCCUGCACGAGGUGCAUUUAGAGAACGAGACAAUUGCUGGCCUUCAAGUUCGCGCCAACCGCCCGUUCAACAGUAUAUUAUGUAAGAAGAAUAUAUCAGAAGCAGAGGAGCGCUUCGGCAACUUGUUUUUCUCCUGCCAGCUCUACAAGCUUCCCUUCCUCUACACGCGGAAUAACUUGCCUCCGUGGCAAGUCGUUCAGGUCGUCCUAGUCUCUUCCACCGGCAGGUUAUAUGGAGGGUCAGCAUUAGCCAACGAGAUAUCCGCAAAUCCGAUAGAGCCAGAACAGUUUUCUGAAGCGCCUGGUUCCCAAGCUGUGGACAUUGUCUUAGUGGCAAGCCAUGCUUCAUUCUUCACUCAUCGGCUGUUCAUCACGUUUUUACUGCAGCAUCUUGAAACGAAGCUAGUGACCCACAGCUUAACAGCAAGCAGUCACAACCAAUACUCGCUAGUUUGGGCAGAUGAAAAUGAUAAUGGUACGAGCAAUGUUACCGGAAAUGUUAAUUCCACUGACUGGCUAUCGUUCCGCCACACAUUACGGAAUAUCUUGCCCGAGACGACGUCUGAGGAACAGACCAGUGCCUCUGUAAGUCAGCAUCAGUACCAGUUCCCCACUGCGCAGCUUGACACGCUGCUUAGCCAAGACUGUAACCACUCCCUGAUCAGGCGACGUGUGAUUGUGCUCUUGCUGGAGAAGCAGUUGUCGCCGGAUUUCAGUAUGCAUGAGGUUAUUCCAGCUGUUCAGCAGUGCGGGCCCAUCUCAGUGCCAACACAUGUUGUGCUGCUGUACACAACACAAGUGACUACCCUCUCUGACAGUAACAUAGCUGGCUACAGUGCAACUAAGCAUUCCUUCACGCCAUGCGCUGACUCAGCAGGCUUUUGCAAGCCUAGCGCCACGUACGAGAUUGGCGUUCGAAGCCUCUGGGAUGAAACGCGGAUCGCUUUAAGCAUGGACGGAUCAUUCUGGGACAUCAGCAAUGUUACCGGCUCGCAUACUGGACCGCAAUUUGUUGAAGCCAUCAGCAAUGAUAUCAUUGCUAGCCUAACCGGAAACUAUGACUUCAUUGAGAACCCAACGUGUCUUCAUCUCCACCCCAUAUCGCAGGAGACUUCAGGCUACUACCCACUGGUCAAUCACACCGAUAUCACUGCUCGACUAACGACAGACAGAGUGCUCGUUCUUACAAUGGGUGGUAGAGACUCUCGGAUGGAAGACAUGCCUGAAUCGUCGUCGAACACGCUUGACAUGUCCUUGGGAAUCGGCUUGGGAGUUGGUCUUGCCGUUAUUGUUGGCAUGAUUGUGGUGGUGAAGCAAACCGCAAAUUGCAAGCGGAUUGCUCGGUCAACUCCUCUCCGGCAUAAGUUCAGAUCUGGAGUUGAUGUGUGCUCUUCCGACAUGAAUAGUAACCAUACUGGAUCUUUCAACGCAACACCACUUCCUACACCACUUCCACCACCACUUCCAACACCACUUCCACACCUGAUGUCGCAACAGAUCCCAUUGGAGGAGCCCGGGCCAGUUCCAAAACAGACCCUUUCCCAGAUACCACAAGUUCCGCAACAUACUGAGCUACAGGUCCGACAACAGGUCCUGCCAGAGAUGCCGCAGCAGACCCAACCAAAGAUACAACCGCCGACCCAGCCAAAGAUGCAACAGCCGACCCUGCCAAAGACGCAACAGCCGACCCGGCCAAAGAUGCAACAGCCGACCCAAUCAAAGAUGCAACAGCCAACCCAACCAAAGAUGCAACAGCCAACCCAGACAAAGAUGCAACAGCCGACCCAACCAAAGAUCCCAAAGCAGCCACAUUUCGCAGUGCAGAACCAGCAGCAGAUAUCACCUUCGACUGCGUGUAUACUAAAUGGGCAAGAAUACAGCCUGCUUGCGAGCCAUGACACACCGACUUUCAGCUCUCGCACCCAUUCUACAUGUUUAACAAUUGCAGGUGAGGAAAACUAUACGACCAGUACUCCAAGUACUUCCUGUGCAGGAAGAGUAGCGCUCGAGAAUGAUAGCAUUAUUGACAACAGCAACCCUAAGAGUAGAAGGAGCUUGAGCGGCGGGCAACCUCCAUCCUGCGUCAGCAUUCCCAUCAUAUGUUCAUGCAGCGGACGUGUUCAGCAUAGCAACAGUGAUCUAUUUGAAUUCCCUGCGGAUGCACUGUACAGAGAUACAAUACCACGUUGUCACGGAAUAGAUUCGAGCACCGUCGAAGGCAUACUAGCAGAGUACACUUCGACAGCGAUUCGCAACUACGACGCACCAUUCCACAUCAGCAGCCCGACCCAGCCUGACAUUCUGCCAUGUCGAGAGGUGUGUGAUCUGCUCAGUGAACCAAUCUUCAUAGAAUCUGCCCUAACAGCAAGUGAUGCAAACAUCAUCUGCGAGAUUACGGUCUUCACAUUGUUCUAUAUUCUCCGGUCGGAUUUUGACAGGUAUCAGUUCUGGCUGCACGAAUACGAUGGCUUUCAAUGGCUGAAGCGUGAGGAGUUGAUGGAGGAACACUUCCUGUGGGAUCGCAAUGGUGGGCAGGAGAGCGUUUCCGCCACAUUCAAGUUCUCGACAUGCGGCGUAUUCAUCAUGAUUGCGGGGCCGAAGGACGGUGGGCUCACGGCGAUUCCGAUGAAUUCGUCAGCAAUGUUUCGGCCGACAGGUACGGAGCACGAAUCAAGAAGCAGCAGUGGUGUGUCCUGUCCAACAUCAGUCACCGUCAGUGGCUCUGUGGGACGGGCAUCACUCGCGUUCAGCAAUAACUUCGAGCGAGACUUGAGUGACGGUGCUGGGCGCAAUGAUCGCAAUCGGGUGCAGUUAUCAGCUUACCAACCGCUGGCGGCUGAAAGACCACCGGAAGCAGUUCGUGUGCUCCUACUGGGGCAGAUGUUCCUUGACUCAGACAGGCCCAAGCAGUGGAAUUUCAAGAUCUUUGUGUUCGCCGAGGGUACGCGCGAGCGUGACGUCAAGAGCAGGAAACUUGUGGAACGGUCCUGGACACAGGGACACUACUUUGACCUGGCUUGGCAAGGUGACCUGCCACCGCGUGGAUGCAGACCUCAGGCAGCGACACGCUCCCUCGGCUACACCGUACCAGGCGUGAAGCCCGGAGACCGACUGUGUGUCUGGUUCGAGCCGCGCAACGACCAUUUCCAGCUCUGCGAGGCGUUCCGCAGCCCGCCAAAGAUUACACUGCCGAUGGACAUGAUUUGCAGCUGGGGAGGCCGACACGUACAGGAGGUAAUCGAGCACGACAUUGGUGCCACCGUCCUUGACGACCAAGCGAAUCCGCUGCGCUUCCAAAGCAACAUAAGCAUCCGCAAGAUCUGCGGCAGCGGUUGCUUCGAAGACACCAUACAUUCGGGUGCUGUCAACUUUCCUGUCGGUCGCAAUUAUCCCAUCUGCCUAGAAACUAAUCUGUGAGCAGGGCACGCACCCAACUACUUGAGGAAGUGAAUAUCAAUGACCGCUGCCAAUAUGGGUUGAUGCCCGGCUAGUUUAUACUCAUGUGUGCAUGCGUGCGUGCGUGUGUGUGUGUGUGUGUAUGUGUGCAUGCGUGUGUGUGCGUGUGUGCCUACUUCUCAUUGUGUGUAUAGGAAUUAUCUGUACUUUAUGCUAGCAUAGAAUACUUAUAGAAUACUUGACAGUGCAGUCAUUUGUCAAAUUAAGACAUUUAUCUUGUUCUUGAGCUUUGAGCCGUUAGAAUGUUUUGAUUUCUCACGAACUGGUUAGCUAGAAAUGGCAUUGGAACCCCAACUAAGUGUCAAGGCUUCAUUUACAAAAGUAAGUUUUUAUUCUAAGGUUUCAUGCUCCAAGAGCAGCCAUUACUUCCCCGAUUGUAACUAUGACUUUGCAAUGCGUGCAGUUGCUCGUCUU